ACCUUCCUUUCCCUUCCCUUCAGUCUUCGUUCCAAACACCUAACCUAACAGCUUCUCCCCAAAUCAAAAAAGGAAGUUGAAACAGGAAACGCUAGCUUCUUCACCACCGCCGCAAGGACUGCCGCCGUACGUCGCGCUCAGGCGCUACCAUCGUCGUCUGGUCGUCCGUGCUUCUUCCUCCUUCAAGAAUCGCAGCUUCUUCCUCGAGCUCGGCGCGUCAGUCCCUGGUCUUCAUCUGCUCCGUCGCGCGCUUAGGCACCACCAUCUUCGUCUGGUCGUCGUGCUCGAAGUCCCCAACCCACCAAUUGCAGCUUCUUCCUCGAGCUCGUCGUCUUUGAGUCUGCUCUUCGUUUGCUCAGCCGCAGGUUCUUCCAACCCACCAUCGUCUUCUGAGUCGUGCUCCCUGCCUGGCCUCCGUCUCCAUCGUGCUUCUGCCCCUCGCUCAGACUGCUCAGAAGCUCAACCAACAAAAAAACCCUAGACUUCGAAGUAUUGAAAGCUAAUUCAGUUGAAAAGGUUGAGUCUGAGAUUCUUCAGUUUGUUGAGCCCCGGUGUGUGUCUGUGUCAAACACCCGAACAGCAGCCGACUUCUUUGUCCAACAUCACUCCCAUCUGCUCACUGAGGUCGCUGCUUUGUGUUCUCUCUCCACCGUUGCUGUAGCUAUGUCUCUCCAGCGAGGCUGCAACCUGUGACCUCGUCGCCGAUCUCCUCUCCUCUGGUGUUAUGUGCCUCUCUCUCGCCGUUGGUCAGACUUUGCUGGUUGCAAAGUGUAGUUGCACUUGCAAUGAUAGGAGGUAGUCGUGUCAGGCUUAACACAUGGCAGCAGACUGCUGUUGCAGUCGGUUCGGCUGUUGGUGCAUUGUUAGACCCACGAAGGGCAGAUCUGAUUGCAGCUUUGGGGGAGACAACUGGGAAGCCUGCUUUUGAGAGAGUUCUUGAAAGGAUGAGGCAGAGUACAGAGGGAAGAGCAGUGCUGUUAGAGCGCCCUCGUGUUAUAUCUGCAAAUGUAGGACAUGCUUGGGACCUACCACCAAACACAUUUGGAGCUGCCUAUGCUAGAUUUAUGGGAUCCAGGAACUUUUCACCUGAUGAUAGACCUCCCGUGCGGUUUAUGGAAACAGAUGAACUGGCCUAUGUAGCCAUGCGGGCUCGAGAAGUGCAUGACUUUUGGCAUACUCUUUUUGACCUUCCUACUAACUUGAUUGGGGAGUCAGCACUGAAGGUAAUAGAGUUUGAGCAGAUGUACCUUCCCAUGUGCAUGCUGUCUGUCAUAGGGGGUACAGCAAGAUUCAACCCAAAACAGAGAAAUUUAUUUUAUCAACACUACCUCCCCUGGGCCAUUCGUGCUGGCAUGCAGUGCACUGAUCUUAUGGGUGUAUAUUAUGAGCGCCAUUUUGAUGAAGAUUUGGAAGAGCUCCGGAGAAAAUUGGGCAUUUUUCCUGCUCCUGCUGCUCCUUAACUUUCAUACUCGGACCUGAAUAACAACUGCAUUCUGUUUUCUGAGUGAUAGCAGUGAACUUGAUUCAAGUAACGGAAAACGUUCUGAAUGAAAUUUAGUGAUAUAAGCUUUGCCUCUGAUAUUUAGUCAGUGAGCUUUGUAUAGGUUAGUUGUUGUCAAUGAAUUGGUAAUGGUACCCUUGCAUACCAUAAUCAAUAAAACUGACCUAAAAUCAUAUAUAUAUUUUGCACCUACUCUGGUUUUUAAUUUAUCCUAUUAUGUAAAUGGUUCAUUGGUUCUUCACUCUAUUUGAUUGUAGCUGCUAGAUUACCAUAUCAUACCAUCAAUGGAAAACAUUGCAUUUGGGUA